GUUUCCUGAUGUUCAGAGGGACCCUUCUGUGUUUCAGUUUGUGCACAUUGCCUUUUGCCCUGUCACUGGGUACCAGUGGAAAGAGUCUGUCUCUUUGUGUACCCUCCCUUCAGGUAUUUAUAUACAUUAACAAGAUCCUCCCCAAAACAUGUCCAGAUUAGACAGUCCCAGUUCCCUCAGCCUUUCCUCAUAAGACUGACGUUCCAGUCCUGUUACCGUCUUUGUCACCUAUUGCUAGACUCCAGUAUGUCCAUGUCUGUCUUGUACUGAUGCUGUUGAGAUGUUGAAUCAGAGGAUCUGGAGGGAUGCCACUUCUCAGUGCCUGCCUGUGCCUCGAGCACAUUCAUACUGGGUGCUGGGUUUAGAUGGAGUUCCCAGUAGAAGUGUCCAAAGCUCACAAGGCUUCCUUCUAAAACUCAUGCUGUCCAACUUUACUUCCUUUUUGACAGCAGUUGGGCUGCCAGUUUGCUGUAGCCAUCGCUUAUGUAAUUUUUCACCUUGUACUCUUGCUAUUCACCUUUUUAAUCUUGUGAUCUUGUUAUCAGCCUGCUUCUGUCCUGAGAAGGAGCUCUGCAGAGCACAGCACCUUGUCACAGUCACUGCAGCAGUGCCAUCACAGCUUCUUGGACUGUCAACAAUUAGAAUACCCAUGAACUUUGUGGUUAAUCACCUCUUCCCACUAACGGCUGGUCAUAAGAUGUCCCUGAUCAGCCUCAGGUUUCCUGUUUCACGGGUGUUGAGCCUUGUCGCUCAACAUCUUGUCAAUCGAAACAUCUUGUCAUACGCAGUCUUUGCUUUGGCAUGGAGGGAAGCAGAUCAGAAACUUCUGCAGCUGAAGAGAAUGAGGAAAUAAUUUAUACGUCUGUCAGAUUCUCUCAGACUCCUCUGCCUAGGACCAGUGCUGCACGGGAAAAAAGAGCUCCCUGUCUGUGGCCAGAAGUUGUACCAGGCUUGGCUAUAGGCUUUGGGAUACUGAGCAUCUCCCUAGCGAUUGCUUUGAUAUGGAAGAUGAGUAACUCUCAGCCACGCUGCCCUGAGCAGUGGGUCGCCUACAGAGGGAGCUGCUACUCCUUCUCCAAGCAAAAGAAGGACUGGCAUUCCAGCCGGCAGUCCUGCGGGGCACAGGGAGCUCAUCUCCUAGUGAUCAGUGAUACUUGGGAAAUGGAGCUGUUUAAGAGUAUUCAACCAGAGUGUUUCUGGAUUGGACUGAGGAACAGCACAGGCUCUGGAUGGAUUUGGGAAGAUGGCUCUAUAUUCAGUGGCACCAACAUCCUCUCUAACAGCCCUGUGCAACAUUGUGCUGUCCUGAUGAAAGAUCAUUUCCAGGCCUCCAGCUGUGAAUUUGCUGCUCCAUGGAUCUGUGAGAAGUCUCUUGGAUAAAUCCCAUGUGCAUUUUCAUCUCAUAACUGCCUCCUCAGUGGUACAAGUGGAUCAUUGUCCUGCAAACCAAAGGUCUACACAAGACCAAGGAUUUGCCUCUUUCAAACCCUCACAAAGGUGUUUUGCAGGGAUGGGUUUGUUGCCCAUAAUGGUGAGUUCCCAUCAGCAGUAGAUCCAUUCUCAAUCAACAUGUGUUGGCUUACUGCUAUUUAUGACCAGAUGAGACCUGGAACAUAUUCCCUGGCCUAGUCUUUGCCUUGUGUGUCCUAUAAGGGCAAACAAAAUUUUUGUCACAACAGAUGCCGGGUCUUCAGAUCUCUGAGGGUGAGCUGGUCAUUCCUCCAUUCCUGAGCAUCAGAUUUCAUUUCCAUUCCCUGCAUCUCCGUUGUCUGAUGCUAGCAGGACUGGGAAAAUGAAGCCUGGUUUCCAGUGCUGAAAACAUAUAAA